CAAAGUGAAAAAUAUAUUUCACCAGUAUAUGUACGUAGUCUGGACUUGGCGCAAACGAACAAGUUGAAUAAAUUCGGUGGAAAAAUAAACUUUGAUAUUUUAUUCAAAAUGGAAUUUUCAUUGUUUCAAAACAUAUUGAAGAUAUAUCUUUAAAAAUAUUCGGAUUUUCAAGGUGCCACUUUCAGACUAGUUAAUUUAGAAAAAGGCUGGAUUCGGUCAGACACAAAAAUAAAAUUAAAAAAUCCAAAUUUCAUCCAUCAAAGCCUGUAUAGAACAUUGUAUAUUUUCUUUGCGAACGUGGCCCAGCAAGAGACGAAAAAGAAAUCUUGAAUUUUUAUUUUUACCGACUGAGCCAAGCUGACUUCAUUUUUAUAUGCUUCGACAUAAGCGAAUUUUUUUCGGUGUAAGCAUGACGUUGUAUUUGUGUUGCACGUCGGCAAGAUCGAGAUUGUCCGCAAAUCCACAAGUUUAUUUGACAGAUUGAUAGAGGUAUAUCCUGAUUCGUGACCAUCUUGUGUUUGAAUAUUGGGUGAACUACUAUAAACACAUUAUUGUCAGAUCCCCGUACAUGAAAAAAUGACGGAACCAGGGGAAGAUGUUAAUUUAACGGAUAAAGAUAAUCGGAAAAUUGAAGAAACGAACGACGAACCAUCAUUACAAGAAGGAGAACCUGCGUGUCUAGAGAAAACUUCAUUAGAAGGGAAUACUUUAACCAGCGAUGAAAAUCAAUCUGUGGUGAAAGACAACACAAAAAUCGAUAUACUUCUGAAAGCUACAGGAAAUGCACCAAUAAUGAAGAAAAAAAAGUGGGCUGUCAGUCAAGACCAGCACAUUGGUUGGAUCUCAGAUUUUAUGAAAAGAUACCUCAAGUUGGAUUCUAGCGAACGUUUAUUCCUGUACAUAAAUCAAACAUUUGCCCCGGCGCCUGAUCAAACGGUGAAAAAUCUGUAUGAUUGUUACGGUACGGAUGGAAAAUUAAUAAUUCACUAUUGCAAGAGUCAAGCUUGGGGUUGAAGUCUCUUGACAAAGGAAAGGAAAAGUUGUAUAAAUUGAUUUCACUAUUUAUUACAUACCAAAGUACCCUGAAUAUUGUAAAUUUUUAUUUAUAUAUUGUAAGCUUAUAUACGAAGAUAUUAAAUCCUCAUGAACGAAUAUCACAAGCAUUGGUAGAUGAUCGAUAUUCAGUUCUUGCGGUAUUUCAUCAGUUGCAUAAACUCCCAAUGAUCUUUUAAUCUUGUAGCGGUACAACCUUCUAAUGGUAUUAAGUAUAAAAUUAUCCUGAAAUUUGGUCCUUCCAUGAAAAUUUUUGCUGAUUACACAUUGAAUAAAAAACCUUAUUAGAUA